AUGCUGCGCCACAUGAACGUGGAGGUCUUCAGCGAUCAGACCUUCUACACGUAUCAGAAGAGCCUCCAGUUCCCUGCAAUCGACGAAGUCUACCUGCAAGAACAACAGGAUCUGGUCAGACAGCUGGAGGACCAGGAUGUUGACAUCACCAGCGAUGGCAGAUUAGACUCUCCUGGGUUCUCUGCCAAGUUCCUGACCUACACUGCACAUGUUCAGCAGAUCAACAGGAUCCUCCACUCGAUCCAAGUCCAGCUAAGGGAGGCACUGUCUGUGGUUGGCCGGAUGGCACCGGCGGAUGCGUUGGAUUACGGAAAGGUCAAGCUAGCGCUCUUCCAAAGAUUUAGGUAUACUAAGGAGGGGUACCGCGAGCGGUUUCGCAACGCCGAACCCGAGAAGGGCGAAACGCGCAGACAAUUCGCUGCCCGAUGGGCCGGAUUUUUUGACCGAUGGCUCGAGAUAGCUGGAGUUGAGAAGACCUUCGAGGCAUUACGAGACCAGGUCCUGGUGGAACAGUUCAUGUUGACCUGCUCCAGCAAACUGGCCGUCUUUCUUAGAGAGCGUGAUUCUCAGACUUUGGAAGACGUAGCAGCAAAGGCAGACCUGUUCCUAGAAGCCCAGACACCAUCCAGCUCGAUUAGGCAAAAGUCAGACGAGGUGACAACCAGGCAAGGUGCUGGAAACGGAGACACUCACGCAAGGGGAGAAACGCGAAGAGCUAUCCGCUGCUUCAUUUGUGGGAAGGCUGGACAUAAGGCCGAAAAUUGCAGAGGCAACGCGCAAGGCAAGAAAACAGUGGCGUGUUGGAAUUGUGGCCGCGCUGGUCAUAGGGCGGAAAACUGCAGGGGAAGGCAGAACGAGAAGCAGCAAGUCUCGUGCUUAUGGACUGCGUCAACAGGGGCUGUCGACGCGCCUGACGACUCCUACGUAACACUGGAUAAUGGUGACAAAAUCCCGGUAGUAAACGCGGCCAUGGGAACACCUCCAAAGUUCUUAGUAGAGAACAUGCCGGUCGUGGAAGGCCGUCUCGGGGAGCACAAGAUAACGGUAUUAAGGGAUACCGGGUGUAACACCGUCGUGGUCCGUAAGGAGUUGGUUCCCCGAGAGAGCCUGACAGGAAAGUCAAGUCCGGUGUUUCUGCUAGACCGCACCGUUCGAUAUCUGCCCGAGGCGGAUAUAGUUGUACGAACACCCUACUAUACAGGGAAGGUGACGGCAAAAUGUGUAAGUAAUCCUCUCUAUGAUCUGGUACUCGGGAAUAUACCCCAAAUGCGGGAAGCCAAUGAUCCAAACCCAGACUGGGAAAUUAAAAACGAAGAGAGUCAAGGUCAAGUUUUGGCCAAGCCAACGUCGAAGCCGGAAGCACUUCCGAACGCCGUUGAAGUCAGCUUCAAUAGUCGCAUGACACCGAGAUUGUCUAAAUGUACUGACGAGCUCCGGAAAGACAAACCAGCAGAAGUUGCGUCCGCGAGGGCGAAGGGAGCAGAUGGUCAAAUGGAAAGACCAGACCGACCUUUGAACGUAUCGCAGGCGGCAGUGGUCGAUGCGACAACCGAGGAGCUCGCCAUGGAGCAAAAGGGGGAUAAAACUCUCAUGAAGUGUUUUGGUAAGAUAGGGGAAACGACCAGAAAACACAAGGGCAGGACGAAGUUCCAGUUUUUUCUCAAGAAUGGUUUGCUACAUAGGGCCGUUGAAUAUUCAUCCGGCAGAAGGAUAGAGCAACUUGUACUCCCGAGAAGGUUCAGGAGCGCCGUCUUGGCUCUAGCACAUGACAGCAUAAUGUCAGGACACCAGGGCAUGAAGAACACGCUCAACCUCGUGUCGGAAGAAUUUUUUUGGCCUUGUAUGCAGAGCGAGGUCAAGAGAUACGUUCGGUCGUGCGAUGUGUGUCAACGCACAGUACCCAAGGGCAAGCAGGGCAAGGCACCCUUAGGAAGCAUGCCGACUAUCGAGACGCCCUUUCAGAAAGUCGCGAUAGACAUAAUUGGCCCCAUUGUACCGAUCGCGACCUCGGGAAGCAGGUACAUACUGACAAUGGUGGAUAUGGCUACGAGAUACCCGGAUGCGGUAGCGUUGAAGAGCAUUGGAUCCCAGCAGGUGGCCGAAACACUGGUGGAGAUGUUCACGAGGUACGGUGUGCCACAAGAGAUCCUUAGCGACCGCGGGACCAGCUUUACCUCAGAACUAAUGAGGGAGGUGAGUCGACUUCUAUCAAUGAAGCACCUCCUGACCACCCCGUACCAUCCCAUGAGCAACGGCUUGGUGGAGAGAUUCAACGGCACAAUCAAGCAAAUGCUAAGAAGGAUGUGCCAGGAGAGGCCCAAGGACUGGAACCGAUACCUUCCAGCUCUACUGUUUGCCUACAGGGAGGUUCCACAGUCGAGCCUCAGGUUUUCGCUUUUCGAGUUACUCUACGGGAGAAGAGUGCGAGGACCUUUGACUAUUCUGAGAGAGAUGUGGUCAAACGAAGCUCUCAAGCAAGAUCUGAAGACUUCGUACGGAUACGUGCUGGAGCUAAGAGAAAAGCUGGAGGACACGUGCAAGUUAGCACACACUUGCCUGGAAGAAGCGAGGGCGAAAUACAAAGGCGACUACGACAGAAGGAGCUCUAACCGAAGGAUGCAACAGGGAGAUCAAGCACUCAUUCUUCUCCCCACCGAUCAUAACAAAAUGAUCAUGCAGUGGAAAGGACCUUUUCCUGUAACAGCAAGAAGGAAUGAAGUGGACUACGAGCUAGAGGUGGGAGGCAAGAAGAAGUUAUUCCAUAUCAACAUGCUCAAGAAAUAUGAAGAAAGGAAAGAAACCUCACAACAUCAACCACUUUGCAAUGCGGUGGUGAAUAAACAAGAAACUGACGAAAACGAGUCUGAUGCCGAAGAAUGCGACAUCCCGAUGCCAAUCUGGACCAGACAGCAAGGGUGUGAGGAUGUGGUCAUUAAUAAGAACCUAGAGAGCGAGAAGAUAGCCCAAGUGCAAGAAUUACUAAGAAAAUUCGAAAACAUAUUUUCUGAUGUCCCCGGGAGGACAAAUCUUAUGACGUGUGAUCUUCAUCUCACAACAACGCGGCCGAUAUACGUGAGGCAGUACCCAAUACCUCUGGCAGUACAAGAUGUGGUCGAGGAUGAAAUCAGCAAGAUGCUCGAGCUGGGGACUGAUCACCAGCCGCUAGAGUUUCUCAACAAGGCGAAACACACUAACAGCCGAGUAAUGAGGUGGAGCAUGGCUCUACAAGACCACACGUUCAGUGUAGAAUACAUAAAAGGCAGGGACAACGUUGGAGCGGACUAUUUAAGUCGCGUUUAG